AGCCCCAAAAUGAAAAUGUUUUUACGGAGGGGCUUGAUCAAAAGUGUCGUCCACGCUCUUCUUUAGCUGGCCUGUACUGUACUAUUAUAUAUCCCCGCCGACACAAAGGAGGGUCGCUGAACCGACCCUGGCUUCACUCUGCCGCUAGAAGUCAACAAGUCAUACAACCCUCUCAUGUAAACGCGAGGAAAACAAUGGCGUUGGUCGCACUCCAUUCUCCCCAAAAAAGCGAUGCCCUGAGAAACUAAAUAAAGAAAAUAAAAAACAUGAAAACAAAAACAAAGCCAAAAACAGAUAGGUAAACCGGACAGCUUUGAUCGAGUCGUGUAGAUGACAGUUCACAGCCAUUCAGACCCGCUUCAACUUCUCUGUUGCUGUCAGUCAUUAUAUCAAACACCUUUUGAGGAUAUGUUGUUGCCACUGCUAUGACAACCCUCAGGUGUCUCCCUUCCUUCUCUGCAAACCUUCUUCAUCGAUUCCAUCGAUUGACUCCCUUUCUUCUCAACCCUAGAUUCAUCUGACUGAGUUCCCGGUGACCGAAGAUGGACGGCGCCGAUGGAACCGUGAAGUUUGGGCCGCUUAACAUGAAGGCCGAUCCAUAUCUAGAUUGUGCACAGGACGUGGCGGUUUCGUCGCCUGUGACGAGGCAGAAGGCCGCUGCUGCCAAGCAGUUUAUUGAGAAUCAUUACAAGAACUACCUUCAAGGCUUGCAAGAUCGCAAAGAGAGUAGGACAAAGGGAGGACUUUUUACCUUUUCAAGACAGAUAGUAAUAUUGGUCACAUUACUCUGUUUCAGACGUAGAGCACUUCAGAGAAGAGCACAGGAAGCUCAGGUUUCAAAUGAGGAGCAAGAGCAGAUGCUAAGGAGUUUGGAACGCAAAGAAACUGAGUAUAUGAGACUUCAAAGACAUAAAAUUAGAAUUGAUGACUUUGAACAAUUGACUAUCAUUGGCAAAGGUGCAUUUGGCGAGGUUAGGUUAUGUCGUGGUAAAAGUACCGGAGAGAUUUUUGCCAUGAAGAAAUUGAAGAAAUCAGAGAUGCUUAGCCGUGGACAGGUUGAGCAUGUUCGGUCAGAAAGGAACUUGCUUGCAGAGGUUGAUAGUCGGUGCAUUGUAAAGCUCUUCUAUUCUUUCCAAGACUCUGAUUUCUUGUACCUUAUCAUGGAGUAUUUACCUGGUGGUGAUAUUAUGACUUUACUGAUGAGAGAAGAUGUUCUUUCUGAAGAUGUUGCACGUUUUUACAUAGCAGAGAGCAUUCUAGCUAUUCACUCAAUUCAUCAACACAGCUAUGUCCAUAGAGACAUAAAGCCAGAUAACUUGAUAUUGGACAAGAAUGGGCAUUUGAAGCUUUCAGAUUUUGGCUUGUGUAAGCCACUGGAUGACAAAUAUUCAACAAUAUUAUUGGAAAAUGAUGUUUUUAAUACCCAGGAAUCCACAAGUGAAACUGAGGGAUAUUCGGGAUAUGACAGAGCCCCUUGGUCAAUGCCAAAAGAACGAUUGCAACAAUGGAAACGUAACCGUCGUGCAUUGGCUUAUUCUACUGUUGGUACUCUUGAUUAUAUGGCGCCUGAAGUCUUGCUGAAGAAAGGAUAUGGUAUGGAGUGUGAUUGGUGGUCGUUGGGGGCAAUCAUGUAUGAAAUGCUCAUAGGCUACCCUCCUUUUUGUUCUGAUGAUCCAAGGAUCACAUGCCGCAAGAUUAUCAAUUGGAAAACAUGCUUGAAAUUGCCUGAGGAACCCAAAAUAUCUGAUGAAGCUAAGGAUCUGAUCUGUCAUUUGCUAUGUGAUGUUGAAACAAGGCUGGGGACUGGAGGAGUGGAAGAAAUAAAGGCACAUCCAUGGUUUAGAUGUAUUCAAUGGGACAAGCUAUAUGAAAUGGAAGCUGCUCAUAAACCUACUGUUACUGGAGAGCUAGACACCCAGAAUUUCGAGAAGUUUGAUGAAGUAGAAGGUCCACCAUCAACAAUACCGAGAGUGGGACCUUGGAGAAAGAUGUUGACAUCAAAAGAUGCCAAUUUCAUAGGAUAUACUUUCAAGAAAUCAGAUAUCAUGAAAUCAAUUGGAACUUCAGGUACAGACGUUAGAUCUAAUGGAUCUUCAAAGGCCCCCUCUCUGGUUUCAUUGUUUGGCCAGAUUGACCUUCAAGAAACUGCAACAGAGGAUGAGGAGAAGGAGGAUGCUUUAGUUUUUUAAUUCUGUUCCCUUCUAAAAGAAUUGGCAUGCCUUUUUUUGUUUUUUCCUUUUUCUUUUCCACACGUCCAAUUGUAAAAGCAGCACUGGAGAAGACUCAACUUGGCGAAUUGUUGUACAAAGGCAUGAAUAAGAAAUAGGCUUAAAAGUUGAUAUGGUCUUGGGAAAUAUUCUUUUAUUCUUCUUCCAUAUAUGGUGAUAUAUGUGUCGAAACGCAAAUCCAAUGGCAUGUUAAGCUGAAUUUGAGAACCAUUUUUGGCCGAGCGUCUUUGUUUUUCCCUGAUAUAUAAGAACCAAAGUUCAUACCA